CUCACGGCCUCGCUCUCUCGUCCUCACACCGCACAUAGCUACGCACACCAUGUCUGCCACUCGAGCACGCCACGGCGCAGAAGACGAGGAGAUUGCCUACCGCCUCCAGGUCAUGGGUGCACGCGAGGGCUUCAUCAAGGGCGCACUCGUCGGUGGUACCCUCAUGGCACUCGCAAACUGGCGCUUCCCUUGGGUGCAGCGCCAGACGCUGGCGGGCAAGACGUGCGUCGCCUCUUGGGUCGCAAUCUUUGGCAUGGUCACCCAUGCCGAUCACUACCUGCUCGAGUGGGAGCAGCAGCACCGGGUGCAGUCGGAGCGGUGGCGGACGAUGGCGAGGAACGAGCUGGCGGCCAAGGGUACCGUCCCGUCCGAAACCGCCAUGCGCGCCUGGAAGGCGUCGUACGACGCCAAGCUGCGCGCGACGCGCGACGCGCAGACGACGGCGCCCGAGUCGCCCGCGGCCGCAGCUGCGCCCGCCGGCAUCGCGAGCGUCGAGGGCGGCAGGAGCCAGGUGCUGCAGGAGCUCGAGGCGGCCAAGCACGAGAAGGAGGGCGGCGUCGAUGCGCCGAAUGCGUGAGGAGGCGAGCGGGCGGUCGGGCAAGGUCGAGCGGGUCGAGCGAGGGUCGGCCGACGAGCAGCGUGUCACAUAGAUUUCUCCAUAUU